CUCAUCUGGCUGAAAUAGGUGGUACGGCGGCGUUUUGUGGAAAUAUGGGGGACCAACAGCAACAACAACUGAUCCUGGCCACCGGCGGAUAUGAUCACACGAUCAAGGUGUGGCAGGCGCACACCGGCAACUGCAUCAAGACGAUGCGCUUUGUGGAAACAUCUCAAGUGAACGCUUUGGACAGGACACCCGAUAAGACCCGACUGGCGGCCUGUGGCUACCAGUGCAUCCGCUUGUAUGACCUGGAAUCCAAUUGCACGGCGCCGGUAAUCAACUUCGACGGCGUCCAGAAGAAUGUGACGCGCCUGGGCUUCCAGGAGGAUGGCAACUGGAUGUUUACAGCCGGCGAGGAUCAUCACGUUCGAAUCUGGGACAUGAUAUCGGCUCCACCGCACUGCUCCCGAGUGUUUGACUGCGAGGCGCCGGUGAAUUCCGCCUGUUUGCAUCCAAAUCAAGUGGAAAUCGGCAUGGGCUCGCAGAACGGCAGCGUCUUUCUGUGGGACGUCAAGUCCGAGAAGCACGAACGGAUCGUGCCCGAGGUGGAUGCCUCCAUCCAGGAUGUGGCAAUCUCGCCGGAUGGUCGCUACCUGGCCGCGGCCAACAACAAGGGCAACUGCUACAUCUGGACGCUGACCAGCAGUCCUGACCAGAAGAUGAGCACCCUGAGGCCCUUCAAGCCGAUAAAGGCCCACAAGCGCUACAUUCUGCGCUGCAAAUUCAGUCCCGAUUCCAAGCUGCUGCUCACCACCUCUGGUGAUGGAACGGUUGGCGUUUGGAAGACGCCCGACUUCAGUAAGUGUGGGGAGUUGUGCAUCGAAAACUAUUGGGUUUGGGAUGCGGCCUUCAGUGCCGAUUCCAAAUGGCUCUUUACCGCCUCCUCGGACGGCGUGGCGCGCCUCUGGAAGCUGGAGACAAGGAGUCCGAUAAGGGACUACACGGGCCACACGAAGGCCAUCACUGCCCUGUCCUUCAAGGAUGAGAUUGUGGGUAAAUAGUAGCCAGUAAGUGGUAAGUUUGCACUAGCAGUAGUAUAUAUUGGCUAUAGAUUUAGCAAGCUAACCGGGAGGGUCCUAGUCCCGGUCCCAUCCUGCAAGGGAUGGACUUAAAGGCCAUUUUUGGAGGCAGUUGUGUGGCAUUUAUUACGACUCCAACCAGAACUGAAGCAUCCGCUCUAACGCACGGUGCGAUCAGUGAGAAAACGUGUGACUACUACCUCUGGAAAUUAGCGCUUGGCUUUUGUAGCGACUUUUUAAUAAUUUAUAUAUAUAAACCUUUGAUACAUAAUUAUUACAUUAUAUUAUUAUAUUAAGACUAAAUCAUGUGUGCAAAAGUUUACAAUUUGAAUAAUACACAACACAACAUUACAAAUUAAAGGAAAGUAAA